AUGUUCCUGCUGUCGGUGAGAAAUGCCGAAAAGCGGGAAGCCGUCAUCGAGUAUCUGGACAGUACCGGGUACACGAAUACGCACAACGGCCUGAUAGCAUGGAUAUCUGCAAACGAUCUCGGCGAGGAGGGUGAAUUCCACUGGGCCUCGACGGGGGAGCGCGUAAACUAUCAGAACUGGAGCGAAACAGAACCGAAAAAUUACAAGAUCGACGACUGCACGGGAGAGGAUUGCGCGAUCCUGGAGUACUGGUCUGAUGGUGGGGCCAUCUUUAACUACACCUUCAACGAUCGGUUCUGUGGGCGGGAAUAUAUGUUUAUCUGCGAAACGUUGCCUAAAUAA